AUGGGUUGGGGCGAUUUGGGAGCUUUCGGAGAGCCUUCUAAAGAAACUCCUAACUUAGACCAGAUGGCUUCAGAAGGGAUGCUUUUCCUGGAUUUUUACACUGCCAGCCCCCUCUGUUCUCCGUCAAGGGCAGCACUGUUGACGGGCCGUCUCCCAGUCAGGAAUGGUUUUUACACCACGAAUGCACACGCCAGAAACGCGUACACGCCACAGGAUAUAGUAGGAGGAAUCCCAGAUUCUGAAUUACUGCUUCCAGAAUUGCUGAAGAAAGCUGGCUACAUCAAUAAGAUCAUUGGCAAAUGGCAUCUGGGUCACAGGCCCCAGUUCCAUCCCCUGAAGCAUGGGUUUGAUGAAUGGUUUGGAUCCCCGAACUGCCAUUUCGGACCUUUUGAUAACAGAGAGCUCCCCAAUAUCCCUGUGUAUAGGGACUGGGAAAUGAUUGGCAGAUAUUACGAGGAUUUCAAAAUUGAAAAAAAAGCCAACUUGACUCAGAUCUACCUGCAGGAAGCUCUCGAUUUUAUUAGCAAGCAGCAGGCCAGCCAGCAGCCAUUCUUUCUAUACUGGGCAAUUGAUGCUACCCACGCUCCUGUUUAUGCCUCCAAACAUUUCCUGGGCACUAGUCAGAGAGGACUGUACGGGGAUGCUGUGCGAGAAAUCGAUGAUAGUAUUGGAAAAAUCCUAAAACAUCUUCAGAAGCUGGGCAUCAGUGAGAACACUUUUGUGUUUUUCACCUCUGAUAAUGGGGCUGCUCUCAUUUCAGCUCCUCAGCAAGGAGGAAGCAACGGUCGUUUUCUGUGUGGCAAACAAACCACCUUUGAAGGUGGCAUGAGAGAGCCAGCUAUUGCUUGGUGGCCCGGACAUAUACCUGCAGGAGGGGUCAGUCAUCAGCUGGGCAACGUGAUGGAUCUCUUCACCACCAGCCUCUCCCUGGCAGGACUGCAGCCUCCCAGUGACAGGCAGAUUGACGGCAUCGACCUUUUACCUGCCAUCUUGCAGGGCAAGCUAAUUGACAGGCCCAUCUUCUAUUAUCGUGGCGACGAGAUGAUGGCGGUGAGAGUUGGGCUUUACAAGGCUCACUACUGGACCUGGAGCAACUCCUGGGAGGAGUACAGCAAGGGCAUCGAUUUCUGUCCUGGACAGAACGUCUCUGGAGUGACAACACAUACACAGGAGGAGCACACUACGCUGCCGCUGCUUUUCCACCUGGGGAGGGACCCUGGAGAGAAGUACCCAUUAAGUUUUGCCAGCGAUGAAUACCAAAGGGUUUUGGGGCAAAUAUCUGCCGUUGUCCAGCAGCACAAAGUGACCAUGGUGCCAGGGGAGCCACAGCUUAACGUGUGCGACAAGGCCAUCAUGAAUUGGUCACCCCCAGGCUGUGAGAAGCUAGGGAAGUGCCUGACACCACCCAAGUCUGAUCCUAAGAAGUGCUUUUGGCCUCACUGA